CCGCUCCGCCCGGUCCGGCCCCGACAUGAGCUCGGGCGCGGCGGCGGGUUCGGUGCGGGUGCGCUACCUCGUGUACUUCCAGUACUUGGGCACAGACUUUAACGGGGUCGCGGCCGUGAGGGGCGCCCAGCGCGCCGUCGGGGUCCAGAACUACCUGGAGGAGGCCGCAGAGCGGCUGAACUCGGUCGUGCCGGUGAAGUUCACUAUCUCCAGCCGCACGGAUGCCGGGGUCCACGCCCUGAGCAACGCGGCGCACCUGGACGUCCAGCGCCGCUCAGGCCAGCCACCCUUCUCUCCUGAGGUCCUGGCCAAGGCCCUCAACACCCACCUGAAGCACCCGGCCAUCCGGGUACUCCAGGCCUUCCGCGUGCCCAGCGACUUCCAUGCCCGCUACGCAGCCACUUCCAGGACCUACCUGUACCGCCUGGCCACCGGCUGCCCCUGGCCUGACCAGCUGUCUGUGUUUGAACAAAACCGGUGCUGGGCACUGCGGGCAGACUGCUUGGAUGUGGCUGCCAUGCAGGAGGCUGCCCAGCACCUCCUGGGGACGCAUGACUUCAGCGCCUUCCAGUCAGCCGGCAGCCCAGCCACGAGCUCGGUGCGCACGCUGCGCCGAGCCUCAGUGUCCCCUGAGCUGUCCAGCCCCUUUGUCCUCCCCCAGGAGAGCAGGAGGUUGCGGUUCUGGAGCCUGGAAUUUGAAAGCCAGUCCUUUCUGUACAGACAGGUGCGGAGGAUGACAGCUGUGCUGGUGGCCGUGGGGCUAGGGGCUCUGACGCCUGCUCAGGUGAAGAUGAUUCUGGAGAGCCGGGAUCCCCUGGGCAGGCACCAGACACGUGUGGCCCCAGCCCACGGCUUGUUCCUGAAGUCAGUGCUUUACGGGGGCCUUGGAGACCUUGCAACUGGAAAUCCAGCCAGGGCCCAGUGCGAAAGCCAGGGGCCAGGGAGGCCCGAUGACCUCAGGCCAGAGACCAGCAGCCCAAAGGCAGGCAGCCUGGAGUGAGGUGCCCACUUCCCCCGCAGCCACAACCCCUCGGCCCAAGCCCCACUCCUGACCUGGUCCCUCUAAGCAAGUUCUCACUCCUGCGGCCCCAAAGCUCCUGGCCUUCUAUGUCCUGCAGGGUCCACAGCAUGGAAGCCACAGCUGACCCUCAGAUGCCCAGCACAGGUCAGGGUAGCCAUGGCACGCUGGACCCUGCCCAGCUCUGCCCACCACUGUGCCCGGCAGGGACCAGCCCUGAAUUGUCAUACACUCUGCCACCUGGGGCUGCAGUGGGCCUCCUGCCUCUCAUAGGCCUGUACCUGCCUGAAGUCCCCACCACCUGGGUGCCCUGGGUGGGCUGCCAUGGGGGCAGGGGGCAAGCACUAAGAAAGGGACACCCAAGCAGC